AUUUUCAUCUGGCAACACUGUUUUCGUUUCGUUCAAAAAUAAAAACAAACAUGGCUGCACUUCGGCAUAUUUCACGAAAAUUAUUCUACAAUUUUAAACCAGAAUCCAAGCUAAAAUCGGAAACAUGUGCGAUAUGUAUACGACUUUUGAAUUAUUCUGCCAUAGAAUAUGACGAAAAACAUGAUCCAGCCCCAGUUUUUUUCAAUAAAGACAUCCAAUCUUUGCUGAAAACGUUGACGAGAGUCGACUUAGCAAAGGUGAACCGUAGGAGGAAACUAGGAACCAAAAAACUAGAAGACCCUGAAUACAAGUUCAUGACAGAUGAACAGCUCCAUCAAGCCAUAGAAAAAGCUAAGAAAAACACCGAAGAACUCUUACAAAUCCCUCCUGUAGUAGCCCUGCGUAAGCCAACAUCUAGAGUGCUGUCAAAAGAUCCUGCUCUGCAAGGUUUAGAGAAAUCUAGAAUGGUUUUCACAGAUAUCACUUUUGGAGUGAAAGACAUUGAAAGACUCAUUGUUGUUCGUGAGCCAGAUGGCACUCUGCAAGAAGUUGACUGGGAGAUGAGAAACAGAAUCAACCAAACUUAUUUCCCAAGCACAGACAGAUAUAUCAAGCCACCCAAGAUGUUUUUUGGGGAAUACUUUGAGAGUCUGCUGAACCGCAAAGAGUAUGAGUUUGUGCUAGACAGAGCAUGCACACAGUUUGAACCCAAUGACCCCACUUAUCAACGUGUGGUUUCAAUAACCUACCAACAUGUGAAUGACAAUGAUGGGUUUGAAAUCCUCAGGUCAACAAGGCAUUUUGGUGCACUCACCUUUUUCCUUGUGUGGCACAAGAGUAUUGACAAUUUGAUGUCUGAGCUCAUUGAAACUGCUCAUAUUGAAGAGGCUGAUAAGCUGCUUGAGCUCUUUACCAAAGUUCAUGGGAUUUCUUUUGAGGGUAGCCAGGAAUUGGAUAGGAUAGAAGAUUACAUAAAGAAGGUGUCCAGUAAAAAAGCUGUGCUUGAAUUGGGGGUGCAAGCCUACAAGGAUUUGGCCAAAAGAAGGGAAGAAUUGGAUACAGGAAUUGAAACUGCACAUGGAUUGAGGUAGAAAUAUGCAGUAUAGUGAUGUUGUUAUUAAUUCAAUAGGAUUAAAGUAUGAUAAUAAAAUUCCUACAAUUUUG